AUGUUGUUUGUUAUCUUCGCAGGACCGUCUAGGCGAGCGAGAUCGAAUAGCAAGUUUAAGGAGAAGUUCAGGCUGUUGAAGGAGCUUAGCCAUCGAUUGUGGCCUAAGGUUGUGGCGGCGCUUGAGAAGAAGAAGCAAGAGAGGAAAGAUAAGAGGAAGGGGAAAAGCAAGUCCGCCAUUCCCGCGACUCCGAUAUCCACGGUGAGACCAUCUCGUUCUGAGAAGAAACCGAUGGGUCUUAAGAAGAGAGCAGCCAUGCCCAUUGACGAUGUCGUCGGCGCCCAAAAAGAAAAGGGGCUUCGACGAGGAAAGCCUCGACCUCUGGCCUCGACCUCUGUUCCUGACGAUGUUCCGGAGAAAGUGAUCGAGCUUGAGUCUCCUCCUUUCUCUGAUCAUGACGAAUCUUCCCAUCACGAUGAGAGUGCUUCUCAUCAUGAUGAAGAUUUGAGGACUCCGGUGCGUGGUGGUUCGCCUUUCCAGGGGAAUGAGUUUCUCACCCCUCGUGGCGACACUCCCUCCUUUGACCAGCGUGAUCGUGGCGGCUUCGAAGAAGGGGAGUCGUCUCGGCGUCCAGGUGAGAACGACGAGGCGGCGUCUCAUCAUUCGGAGACGGGCGGUUUCGCUCCUCACUCAAACCUUGGUGCUAAGGGCGACACCGGGAUGCCAAAGGAUGGUCCCGAGGGUUAUAAUCCUCACGCGUUCAAGACGUGGUGGAACGGUGAGAACCCUCUCAUGGAGGACCAGGAUGCUUGCGGAGGGGCGACUUGGAUGUCUAAAGUUCAUCCUGGCUAG